GUAGUCUACCAAAGACCAAGUUCUUCUGUGGCUCCCAUAAGAGUCAGGGGUCUGAUGGUACACUUUUACAGAAGAAGCUACAAUAAGCAAAGCAAAGGGAGUACAUGCAUUGUCACACGUAGAAGCUGCGGCACACGCCUUCAUUCUUUUCUUGGAUCAGAACCCCGCAUUCGAUACGUGGUCGUGAUCUUAUCGCUGUACCCGACUUACUCUACAAUCUCGUACCAGCUCCACUUUUGGUUCAUGUGA